CGAUAAGAUAUCGAUACGUAUUGAUAGGUACGCCAGCGCCAGCCGAGCAACGCGCCCGCGUGCAACCCUAGCCACUCGGUAUAUUGACACUGAUAACGUGAUUUGUUUACAAUUUGCCUGCCAUUACAUUUCUUACGCUCCAUAAAUUCACUUUCCGGUAUUGUGUGAUCACUCUCGAAUCGAGACGAACGUUUUCGAAAUGGAUAACAAACCUGACGAGAGGUCACCAUUAAUAGAGCGAACUAGAAGUGCCGAUAAAAACGAUGGUGGUAUGCGUAGUGGUAAAGGAUCGUCAACCAACACGUUGGGUUCUGCCGCCGAUUCGAUGAAGUCUUCCGAAGUGGCGGUCAGCAUGUGGGAGCGGCGCCGAGUGUCGCCGCCGGCCGCGGGGCGCCGCAGAGCGCAGUCCUGGUCGGCCGCCCCGCCGGACGACGUCAGCUCCGACAUUAGAAUAUUACGAGAAAGACUAGUGCGGACGCAAACUCGGCCACGGCCGGGCGCCAUGCGGCGGCUGACUCGGCGGCAGCGGCUGACGCUGGCGUCACUGGCGCUGGUGGACUUCAUGAGCUUCUGCUCCAUCAGCGUCAUGGCGCCCUUCUUCCCCGGCGAGGCCAAGGCCAAGGGCCUCUCGGACACAGUCUGCGGACUCGUCUUCAGCUUUUAUGCUAUAGUUAUGUUCGUAACUUCGCCGUUUAUGGGAAAAUGCCUGCCGAUAGUGGGAGCGAAGUUCAUGUUCACGGCGGGGAUGUUCGUCGCCGGCUUCUGUAAUGUUUUGUUUGGGUGUCUAGUACUAGUGGAGGAUUCGGUGGUGUUUACGGUGCUAUGUUUCGCGGUGCGGGGCGCGGCCGCGCUCGGGGCCAGCGCUUACUCCACAGCGAGUUACGUGUUCGUGGUCAAUGUGUUCCCGGAAUCUAUUGGCUCAGUCCUGGGCAUCCUGGAGACCUUCGUGGGCAUCGGCAUGUCCGUGGGCCCCGCUAUUGGGAGUCUACUCUAUUCGAUCGGAGGCUUCGGACUUCCAUUUUACAGUAUUGGAAUUAUCAUGGUUUUGAUAGUACCCGUCAACUGCCUGUUACUCACCGACUGUGAAGAAAUAGUGACCGGAUCGAAAUCCGCCUCUGUGAUGGGGCUGUUCAAGAUCCCGUCGAUCAUCGUGACGGGGCUGGUGAUAGUGGUGGCGUCCAACACGUGGGCCUUCCUCGACCCCACGCUGGAGCCCCACAUGCGGCAGCUGGGGCUCACCACCAACCAGAUCGGACUCGUGUUCCUGCUGUUCUCGAGUCUUUAUGGAAUAUUUAGCCCCAUCUGGGGAUGGGUGGCGGAUCGGGUACACAACCACUGGUGCAUGAUGAUUUGGGGGUUGUUCUUGAUCACCGUCGGCUUGCUGCUGCUGGGGCCCUGCCCCUACAUUCCCGGUCUUCCAACGUCUGUUCUGUGGCUCGAUUUGGUGGCGCUCUCGAUUCUGAGCAUAUCGGUGGCAUUAACGCUUCUACCCACAUUCCAAGGAGUUCUAACAAGUUCAAUCUACGAAGGUGGGUGUCCCGAGGCGCUGGCGACUUACAGCGCCGUGGCGGGCGUGUGGUCGUGCUGCUACUCGCUGGGCGAGGUCUCGGGGCCGGCGCUGGGCGGCGCGCUCACCGAGCGCUACGGGUUCGCGCUCAGCGCUACCAUCUGCGCUGUCGCUUGUUUCAUAGUGGCAGUAAUCGCGCUAGCCUUCUUCUCGCUGCGCGAGUCAUCGAAGUGGGCUAUGGGAGCGUCGUGCUCCGAGUCCCUGCCGCACUCUGACUCCACGUGGAGCAGCGGCCACUUCUGCACGCGCAGCGCGCCCGACAGCCGGCUCGACACCUCGCCGCUGCUCACGCCCUGCUCCCGCUCCGAGAGAGGCUGUUCGUAUUAUCCUUACGAUACGUCGACGCCUAAACGGCUCUGUAUUAAACACAAAAACCCAAACAAAAGCGGGUCGGCCAGUGUUGCAGAAACAAUUGUUCACAUACUUAAAUUUGAAUUUGUUACGAACACUUUAUUUGAAAUACGAAAGAGAAAUCGGUCAAACUCCAACGGCCAUAAUGCUGGCCUGUACCAAAACUACUUAUGUCGAGCAGACGAAGAGCAUUUAAAUAAUAACAAAUAUCAUAAUGAUCUGGAUAACAAUCAAAUAAUAAGUAAAGAUAGAGUAAGCGUUGACUACUGCUCGUAUCUAGAGAACGCUAUUUUUGGAAGCUCAGCUAUCUUAGAGAACGUUCAUUUGGAUAACUUGCUAGUCAAAAGGAACAACAAAGGACUAGUGUCUACGACAAAUAAUUAUACUGAUAGAAAGUCUACUGAAGACAUUCUUAGGUACAAUCUCGAAAAGGUUCAUUUCUACGAGAAUAUUGAACCAUGUCCACCGGUGGAUAAUAUGUCUAAAAGUUGCGAGUGUAAGGACGGUGUCACGUUUUUCACGGGAACAGUAGCGUUAUCUUCAACUGGUGCAUGUGAAGUUUAGUGAAAUUAUUAGCUUUAAACGGCUAUUUCUAGUUAAUUAAAUUUUAUACGAUAUAUUUUAAUUUUUAUGAAAUUAGCUGGUAAGUUCUUAUUGUGCUUGUUAGGAGUUAUUGUUAUUACAGAAGUUAACAUCAA